GCGACCUCAUUGAUGGCAUCAUGGGCAGCACAGGGUGCGCCAGUCGCGACCGUACAGGAGGCCUCCACUAGGCCUUUGCGCCAGACAGGAUCCUUCACGAAGCGCUUCGACACAGCUUGCACUGGUCAAGUCGAGGGCAGCCAUGUGAGAUCCAUUUCCUGGUCACCGUGUACGGUGACAGACUUGCCAGUGCCUACGGCCAGCCAGGACGGUUGGCUCGCUCAAAGCAUCCCUGCUAGUGGUUCACCUUUGCCUCCACGCAUCGGGGGCGGGAGCCCACUGAAGUGCUUGCCUGCGGGAUGUACGAGACGUGAAUGGAUGCCAGAGGCGCCGCGGCCGCUGCUUCAGGGCAGCCUUUCGAGAUGCGUGUCGUGGUCACCAGAUACCAUGGUGGUAGAGCCGGUGCCUAUGGACAGCCAGGCACUGCCUUAUUCCAAAGACCCCUCGGAUGCCUGGUUCGCUCCAAACAUCCUGGCGAGCAGUUCAUCUCUGCCUCCACGCAUUGGGAGCGUGAGCCCACUUAAGUGCAUGCCUGCUGGGUAUACCAGGCAUGAGUGGGACCCCGAGGCAAAAGGUCAGGCUCCGCAUCCGCCCGCCCAAAUAGCGGUGCCACAGGCGAACUUUCCGCAACUCUUGGCUGAAGCGAGAAGCAGACUGCAGCAGAAGGUAGAUGCCGCUGUGGCUCUUUUCGACGCCCACGAUGCGACCCAGCCCAACGCAGAGGUGCCGAUUCCCAUGCAGGCGGAGGGAGCAAGCUGCCGAAGCACGCUUUCUCCCAGCCCGUCGAGCCCAGCGACAUCUCCCGCUCCCAUCACCAGCACGAAGAAGCCCAGCAGCGGCCUGGCCAAGCUAAAGGCACUGUUGGCAGAGAGCAAGGUUGAGGAGCCUGCAGUACGAAGGCCCAGUGACACCUUGGAGCUCUCACUCAAGGUGCUGCCGAAGACAGAGGCGAUUCAGUCGAGCCCUGGCACCCAAACGCCACUGCCGCCGCUGCCUGCGCUGCCGUCCAGGUACUUCACUCCACCCCGAAUGACAAGCGACCUCCUGACGCUGUCAAAGUCCGGAUCGACAGGGCUCGACGGACCCGGGGAGGCCAAAGACUUUGAUGGGAAGACGCCAUGCUCUGUAAGCUCGGGGACUACAGUGGAUCCACAACGACUCCUCCGCAUGGAUCAGGAGUCGGAGUUUGAUCUUGCCGCAGCCCAAAAGCCGAAAGUGGAGUUCAGCCAGCAGCCCGAGAUGGCCUCUACAUUGCAGGAUUCAGGGCUUCACCUGCCGACAGAGCCGGUCACGGCGAGCUGUUGUCAAUCCAGGCCGUCUUGGACUCCUCCAGCUCCAGCGAACGAGAGGGGCGCUCCAGAUCUCAAACCCACAAGGAGCCAGUCCGUGCCGACAGGGCUCGACUUGGGCCAGCGGGAGGUGGCUGAGGAGCUGAAGGAGAAAGAUGGAGAUCCAAGCAAUCCUAGAGGUGCUGGAGAUAUUGCUGGGGGAUGGUCUCACUUCAAAGCCAAGGCAGCGCUGCAUGCCAGUGAUCUGCUUGAACGCAAAGGCAACGUUCUCGCAGCCUAA